AUGUCAUUAGCAUUUGCGCCUACACAAGUUCGGCAGGGAGCACCAGACCAACAAGCCACUGUACAAAAGCUUUUAGAUGAAAAUUCACAGCUGAUAACAAAAAUUAAAGAAUGCCAAGAUCAGGGAAGAGCGGAAGAGUCUGUACUCCAUCAACAACUACUUCAUAGGAAUCUUGUUUGGUUAGCUAAGUUAGCAGAUCAAUCCCUAUUGAGCAUUCUCAAGGAGGAAGAACCUACUAGUGCCACUCAACAACCGACAUCUGUAGACCCAACUUCACAGGCAACGAAUAGUCAAGCUGCUAGUUUAUCACCGAAUAUUUCACAAUCUACUGCCAAUACACCUCAGCCAAUGCAAGCCGGUACUCCAGGCUCAGUGCUAUCUGCACCCGGUAGUGUUCCACCACCAGGAAUGCCACCUCACCUCCAACAGCCCGGACCCCCCUCCCAGCAAGGGCAUCCAGGAGUUCCUCAACCAGGGCAGCCCCAUCCUGGUCAACAGGGUCAUCCCGGUCAACAACCUCAUCACGGUCAGCAGCCUCAUCCUGGCCAGCAGCCCCAUCCUGGUCAGCAACCUCAUCCUGGACCCCAUCCUGGCCAGCAGCCUCAUCAUGGCCAGCAGCCUCAUCCUGGUCAGCAACCUCAUCCUGGACAACAAGCUCCUCACCCUGGUCAACAACCCCACCCAGGCCAACAACCUCACCCAGGCCAGCAACAACCCCAUCAUGGCCAACAGGGUCCUCACCCCGGUCAGCAACAUCCUGGACAACAACAUCCCGGACAGCAACCUCAUCCCGGACAACCACAUCCCGGACAACCUCAUCCUGGACAACCUCAUCCCGGUCAAGCUCAUCCAGGACAGCCUCAUCCUGGACAACCCCAUCCAGGACAGCCUCAUCCUGGACAACCUCAUCCCGGACAGCAACCUCAUCCAGGCCAGCAGCAUCCUCCUCAAAUGAUGGCUCAUCAGUACCCUCCACAGAACCCUGGACAGGGAGGUCCACCAUCUAAUCCAGGAAUGCCAUAUUCGCAAAUGGUGAUGCCUCCUCAGCCAUACGGUGGAUACCAUCAGCAAGGAAUGCAGCCCAACCCUUAUCAACAACAAGGAGGUUAUAUGCAUCAUGAUGUUAUGCAUCCACCUCAUCAGCAACAUAACAAUCAACAAGGCCAACCUUCUAAUUUCAUGAAUCUCCCUCGCUAA